AUGACGCGCGGCAACCAGCGCGAAGAGGCGCGCGCAAAGGCACAGAAGAAGCAGGCCGCCGCCAACAAGGGCAAGAACGACUCGGGCAUGAGCCUCGCACAGCGCCGCCAGGCCGACAUUGACGCCGUCAAGGCCAAGCAGGCGGCCAAGGACGCAGCCAAAGCAGCCGAAGGUGCCGUCAAGAAAUGA